AUGAGUAAAAACAGCAAAAAUACAAAUAACGAAAACCUUGAAGAAAUAUCUCCCCAUUUCGACGAAGUAUCUGACAAAGGCCUAUCUUUCCUUAGUGAAGAAUUAAACAAUAAAAAAGAUUAAAAUUAAUAAAAAAAAAAGCCUGAUCCAAACUACGAUGACCAACAAUAUUAAAGUAAACCAAAAAAGAAAAUAAUAAAUAAAAUAAAAAUAUAGACAAUGAUGAUGAUUUAGAUGAAAAUUAAGACGAAAAUCAAGAAGAAGAUGAAGAAUUUGAUUCUUAAGAAGAUUCCGACCACCAAAACAUAACUAUGA